AUCACUGAGAAUCCAACCAAAAAUUCCUUUUACUGAAAUGUUGUUAUUCUUACUAGUUAUUUUACUAUCGUUAAAACAAUUUAGUGUCACAGCAUUACCACAUCAGGAUAGUUUCGAUCGGAGAAAUGAAGUGUUUCGUAAUGAUGACAAAUUGAUAUUUGUUCAAGUAAUUUAUCGACAUGGGUUUACAAAUAUUAAAAAUAUCAGCUACCCAAAUGAUCCAUAUAGAAAUGAAUCGAAUUGGGUCGGCGGAUUUCACCAGCUAAAUAAUGUAAGACUUGAAUUUAAAUUUCAUUUUAAACUUUAUGCGAAUCUACCGCAUCAAAAUCAAAAGGAAGGAAAGCGGGAAAUGUUUGAAUUGGGCCAAUAUUUUCGAAGAAGAUACAAUGAACUGCUUGGCGAUAAAUAUUCAGCAAAUAGAGUGUACGUACGUUCGACCGAUACAGAUCGCAGUAUAUGCAGUGCAUUAUGUAAUUUGGCUGGUCUGUUUCCGCCUACCGUAAACGAAACAUGGAACGAAAAUAUUCUAUGGCAACCCAUCCCUGUUCAUUCGGUUCCCAUCCAUUUGGAUUAUGUUUUGUGGGGUCCACCAGACGAUUGUCAAGCAUUUUUUGCCGCUUAUGAUAAAUAUCAAAGAGAAUCACCAGAAGUGAAACGAAUUUAUGCUGAUUACGCAGAUGAAUUCGCACAUUGGUCAGAAAUGUGUGGAAAAAAACUUAUUACCAUUUAUGAUGUGACUCAACUAUAUAAUACGCUUCGCAAGGAAAGUCUACUCAACAAAACGCUUGCAAGUUGGGCACAGGAAGCAAUCAAACCAAAGGGAGUCAUGGAAUACAUCGCGAGUUUUAAUCAAAAACUGAAAUCGGACACAAAGGAAUUGGCACGAUUACAGUCGGGAUUUUUAAUUAAAGAAAUAUUCGAACGUUUCGGACAAAAAAUCAAUUCAACGCUUCAACCCAAUCGGUCGAUUUGGUAUUAUUCCGCCCAUGACACAACAAUCUCUUCAAUGUUGAACAGCCUUGGAUUACUUGAGUUGCACAUACUUCCAUUUGCGUGUAGUUUGCAUUUUGAACUCUAUGAAGUCGAUGGAAAUGAGCAUUACAUUCAAGUUUUCUACAGGAAAUCAAAUGAAGAAUUCCUUGCACCAUUGAAUAUACCGAAUUGUGGGGAAAAGUGUUCUCUGGAUCAAUUGUACAAAUUGUAUAAUGAUAUCAUACCUGAUUGUGAUCAUGACAUUGAAUGCGGAUUAAUUAAGGAUUCCUAUUGAUUCGUUUGAUCGCUCUAGAAAUAACAUCAAUCAUAGUAUUGGUAAGCAGGCAGACUAUCCACUUUAAGUUGUACAGACAACC